UUUGUUCAAGAAUUUGACAAGUUUAGAGAUUCAUGACACUGUUUUUCACAACAACUUUUUUCAAAUGUUGGGGGCCAUGACUUCUCUUCAGUCUAUUGAAAUUAUUAGUAGUGACCUCAAUGACACUCUGCUUGACCAAGUUUUGCCUACUUUCAAGAGUUUGAAAAAUGUGAGGCUUGAUGACAUUGCUCUCAACAACUUCCCUGCAAUAUUCAAUGGAUCAUGCAAUUCCCUUGAGACUCUACUACUUGACAAUUGUAAUCUAACAAACACGUUACCUGGGCAAGAAUUGCCUACGUUCAAGAGUUUGACAAAAUUGGAUAUAAGUAACACUAUUUUCAACAACAACAACUCUCUUCAAAUGCUUAGUAGCAUGACUUCUCUUGAGUAUUUAUCAAUUGUCAACUGUACCUUCAAGAACACGUCACUUGAUGAAGGAAUAUGUAAGAUGCAUCAUCUUGUGGAUUUAAGCAUCAUUGGUAAUGGUAUAACGGGUACCUUCCCUUGGUGGUGUGUAGCAAACUUGACUUCCCUUAAUGAAUUAGAUAUCUCCAUAAAUUCCUUCAGUGGGCACAUUCCAAUGGAAAUUGGAGCAUAUCUAUCAGUGUUAAAUUAUUUCAACAUUUCUGGAAAUGCUUUUGAAGGUAGUAUUCCAUCUUCAUUUGGUGACAUGAAGUCGUUGUCGGAAUUGGAUUUGUCUAACAAUUUGUUGACUGGUAGUAUUCCCUCUUCAUUUGGUGACAUAAAGUGGUUAUGGUAUUUGGAUAUGUCUAACAAUUUGUUGACUGGAGGAAUACCUGAGGAAUUGGCGGGUUGCAUCUCAUUAGAACACCUAGCAUUGUCAAAUAAUAGUUUGCAAGGUCAGAUAUUCUAGGAUGUAAUGUUCAGAGAUGAAAUUCAUUCACAUGUGUU